AUUUAACUUUUAAACUAAGAACUAAUGUUAUUUAAACCGACAGUGAAGGAUGCUGUGUGGGAAGGAGUGUGAAGAGUGUGUGGACCACUGCAGGCUCGCUGUGCAUUACCACACACUCCCUGUGUUGUGUUCAGGGUCACAAAGCACCUUUACAUCAGCGGCGUUCAUGCUCCUCCGUAAUGAAGCACCACGCUGGAACAAAACUACAGGGACCUUCCUCCCAACGCGCUUCACUGUUACACGUAUCAGCUUACUGAGGCGGCGGAGAAUCAAUACCAGAGCAACCAAAAUGUCUGCACUGUCCCGUCCAUUGUCCUCCCUCUGCGCUGAGCGCCACUGCUCCCCGUGACACUGUGGAUAUUUCUGAGUCAACAGCAGACGUUUUCAUGUGACAUCUGGACAACACCUGGAAUCCAGAGGCCUGAUUUUUGGCGUGAUGUCUCUCAUUUGGCUGACGCUGUUGCUCUCAGCUCAUCUGGCUGAAUGUGCGCCAGAGAAGCCGAAGAGAUCGGCUCUGAACCAGCUGACCAGGACCCUCCUGAGGAAAUACGACUGCGGAGUGCGGCCCGUUUACAACUGGACCAGUCUCACCACGGUCUACAUAGACCUCAUCUUACAGUCCGUCCUCGCUGUGGAUGGAAAAACUCAAAGUAUUACUACAAGUAUUUGGUACAGACAAAUCUGGACAGAUGAGUUCCUGGUGUGGGACCCAGAGGAGUUUGAUGGUAUCACGGAGAUCUCUCUGCCGUCUGAUGCCAUCUGGAUACCUGAUGUUAUCGUGGCUGAGCUUGUGGAUGAAGGGAAGUCCCCUCCGAUCCCCUAUGUGUACGUCAACUCCUCUGGCUCAGUGAAGAACUACCGGCCCAUGCAGGUGGUGCUGGCCUGCAGCCUGGAAAUGUACGCCUUCCCAUUCGACAAGCAGAACUGCAGCCUUACGUUCCGCAGCUGGCUUCACUCAGUGAAGGAAAUAGACCUGGCCCUGUGGAGGAGCGCCGAGGCCAUUGCUAAGGAUAAGAGGGAGUUCAUGAAUGACGGAGAAUGGGAACUGCUGUCCAUUCCCUCUCGCUACUGGCAAAUCCACCAAGACAACACCGACUAUGCCCACAUCCAGUUCAACGUGUUGAUCCGCCGGCGCCCCCUGCUGUACGUGGUGGGUCUGCUCAUCCCCAGCAUCUUCCUCAUGCUGGUCGAUGUGAUCAGCUUCUACCUGCCUCUGAACAGCGGCACACGCAUCGCCUUCAAGAUCAGCAUACUGCUGGGCUACACCGUCUUCAGAGUCAACAUGACGGACGAACUGCCGUCCACCGCGGUCAGAACUCCACUCAUAGGUGUGUUCUUCGUGGUGUGCAUGGCCCUGCUGAUGCUCAGCCUGAUCAAGUCCAUACUGGUGGUGAAGUUGCUCCACCACAGUGAGAAGGAGGUCAGGCAGAUGUCCGUGUCUGCCUGCCUGCUGGACAAAUACGGCUCAGCUGGUCACGACUUCACCGAGAGCGCGUUAACCUCCAUCAAAACCCUCGACUACACCAACCCAUCUGCUGAUUAUGAAGUCGAGCCUUCGCUGGAGGAGGAUCUGCUGUCCUUGAAUGAGAUCCAGGGUGCUCCCUCUGGGCUGGAGUGGCUGCUCCAGGAGCUGGCGUCCCUCCACCUGGCCUUGUCCCACGAGGACACCGAGUCUUCUGCUCAGGCUGAAUGGCUGUCCCUCUGCUCCAAGCUCGACUGCUUCCUGUUCCGCUUUUACCUGCUGGUCCUGGUCUUGUAUGCCAGUACUCUGCUGCUGCUGUGGGCCAGCUGGAGCUUCGCCUGACACCCCCGUCACCCACCAGACAGAGACAUAACGAUCUUAUUCCACUGUAACUGAAAGCUCGUCCUACUUUUGAUGUUGAACAGACUGUUAUUUGGGACGCAGAGUUCACAUUGCAGACAAAGUGUGUAAUUAAAAUACAUGUAUACAUACUGUACUUCAACGAGAGAACGUGAUAUCAGUAUAUUUGAAGGUAACGCUUCUCUGUCAGCAACAUGUACUGCAACAUCUGACUUGUCUCUGCAGCGCCACGGCGUCAGCUGACUAACCAGUACAAACAACUGCCAAAACUAUGAGGAUAAAAUGUAAGCUGUCUGAAAGCAGAGCUGUCCUUUAUGUGUCUGUUGUGUGUGCGUAAUGUGCAGAUACUGCGCCGCCACCGUGCAGCGACAUCAUCGUUUGACAGAGACGUUAUUGUAUUUGGUCGGGAAUGUUUUCCCGACAGUGAAGAUUUGCUCACAGAUAUUGUAUAAUAAAGCAGCUCUCUGGAGAAAAUCCCCAGUGCCAGCGUGAUGCUAUGAUGCUGUUUUCAAACUUUAAUCUCCAUCCCACUGCCACAAAAUAGAUGAGUAAAACCCAUCCAGCGCUCGGCUGCUGCGUCUCCAGUCCCUGUUGGCUUCCUAAUAGUCAUGAUAAGAGUAUCAAAAGUGCAUCAUAGGAAGCUUGCCGGUGGAAAGAUCCAUAUUAAUGCAAUUUACACGCUAUCUGCAAACCUUCUCUUCCAGUGGAUCUGGUUACACGGUGUUAUGCAACAGAGCUGAGGAUGGAUGUUUAGUCAGUGUGAGGUAACUCAUGGCUGUACGUUCAGCUACAGCUUUGUUGUGAAUAUGAAUGUCAUCUCGUGGUGAUUGUAUCUGUUCAGCUGGGACAAAAGAGAAAGCUUUGAGCCGUCUGUGAGGAUAAUACAUGACAGAAGUGAAAAUAAAAGCCCCACAGAG